UUACAUUAGUUAGUUAGGUUAGAUUAGCUGAAGUAAAAAUAAAUAAAUUAAAUAUUUAGCAUUCAUUAUUAUCUGAAUGAUUUUUCUCGAAAAUUAUGAACUCCUGUCUAUUUUAUGAAGUUUUACUUUAUUUAAAUGCAUUCUAUUUUGGAAUGUUUGGAGCUUGUGAGGUUGGAAUAGCAUUACUAAAAUACGCAAAGUUUACAUAUUCUGGAAAUGCAAUGUUAACAGAAUUUUUAUUAUUAACAUUCUUUUGUUUUUUGGAAACUGGUCGAAUAUGGUUGGGGCGUAUGGGUAAUUUUACUGAACGAGCAAUUCCUGUUAUAUUCUCAACUUUAUUAAUUUUACCAGCUUCAGCUGCUGUUGUGUACUUUCUAAUUUGGCAAGCGUAUAUUUUACGUUUAGAAUACAUCCUUUGUAGCGUCCAAUUACUUCUACAUGCAACUGAAUUAGUAUUUGCAUUUUUAUGUAUUAUGCCUUCGUCCAGGAAACCAGUUUACGAUUAAAGAACAACGCACAAGCCUGAUGGGAAUAGGCUCCCAGCUAAAUUGUUUGAAUUUUUAUUAUGUUGUUCUAAGCACUCUGAAAAAAAAAUGUCUCAAUGGCUGCAAAGAAAAAAUAAUGAACAGUUUUGAAGUUAUUAAUCAUUUUCUCCACUGGUAAAGCAAUAUUUUAUUCUCAUUUUAAUACAAGCAGUUAAUCACAUUUUAUUGUAACCAUGGAGCUGGUAUUGUAUCAAAAAUUAUUACAUAAUGUACGGAUUUCAUGGUUACAACAAACUACUUACAAUGAAAUAAGUAUAUAAAAUAUUGUAAGUAUAUAAAAUAGUAUAAAAAAUAUUGCUUUACCUAUUGGCGAAGAAAAUGUUUAAAUAAUUCCAAAACAAUUCAUUAUUCUUUCUUGCGCCCAUUGAGGCAUUUAUUCAGAAUGCUUAGAAAGAAGCCUUUUCAUCAUAUCAUAAGCGCAAGUGUAGAGUUUUUUUCCCGGACUCACAGUAAUAAGUUGGACCAAGAUAGAAGACCUUUGUUAUUCAUUUUAUCAUAUUUGGUUAUAAAUUAUUUAGUCCGAAACAAAAGUGAGUCGUGAUUUUAAAAUUAAAAGGUCUCUUACCCUUAUUAACAUAUCAAAAGUUCAUGCAAUUUAGCUGGAAGCCAAUAUCCAUAAGAUUUGUGCGUAGUCAUUUCAGUUUACUAGGACACUAGGAGGUAGUUUUUUUUUUUUAUUAAAAGACUACAUUUCCAGUAUUACUUUGGUUAUUAAACUUUUGUUAAUUUCUAGUCAAUUACACGACGAAGUUUAGUAACUAUUUUUGAUCUCAAAAGAUAACUGCUGUUCUAGUCAAGUGAAUUAAGGUCUGGGCUCUGGAAUGUGUCUUUAAUAUUUUAAAUAUUAAAUGGUGUGUUUUAAGAUUUCCCCGUAAUUCUUUCUGUAUUAAAACUAGUUUAAUUUUAUUCCCCUAUAAUAACUGCCUCCUAGAUUUUAAAUGGUUUUUUUGUUUUAUAGACUAAAAGGAAUGUUUUCGUACUUAAUAAGAAAGUAAUUAAAAAAAGGAAAAUUUCAUAGUUAUUAUUUAAAGAAUCGAUUGCCUAUUAUUGUUGGGAGUAAAUCGGCUAUAAAAUAAUAUUCACUUCUAUAUUCGGCCUUGCUAUUACCUACACAAAAGACCAACUAUUAUGAAAAUUUAAUCUUAAUCUUUUAUAAUCAUUUUGGAUGAGUAUAAUUUAGAUUUUAGAAUAUAAUAAGACAAAAUUUUUACGAUCAAUUUCAAAAUUUCAUAUACCCACACAACAAUUUUCACAUAUAUAAAACUUAUCAAAAUACCAACCUACUAUUUAAAAUGAAAAUGGAGCGAAAUAUCC